AGAUUGACACGUAAAUUUCCAAAGCGUUAAAAAGUACAAUAUAUAGGAAAACAGCAUUACUAACUAAGAUUGCGUGCAAUUAUAUUGAAUUAGUUUCGCCAGCCCCUUAUCAAUAAAGCGAAUUUUCACACCCACAUCACAGUUCUCAUUUUUAACCCUACAUGUUGGAUUUAAGCCUGCAAAAGCUACUGGGUCUUCUUCUGACUUGGAGUUGUCGUCCCUUUGGAGUUGCAUAUGGACUAGAUAACGGUCUGGCGCUCGUACCUCCGAUGGGUUGGAUGCCGUUUGAAAGGUUCCGGUGCAUGACAGACUGUGCCCGCUUCCCCAGGGAUUGCAUCAGUGAAUCGCUUAUCAGGCGUACGGCGGAUCUAUUGGUAUCCGAGGGCUAUGCUGCUGCAGGAUAUCAAUACUUGAUUAUUGAUGAUUGUUGGAUGGAAGCCUCUCGUGAUGACGCCACACAUGAGCUUGUGCCUAGCCUCGAUCGUUUUCCCAGUGGAAUGAGUGUGCUUGGCGAUUACAUUCAUUUCCUGGGGCUCAAGUUCGGACUUUACCAUGAUGUGGGAGAGAGAACGUGCAUGUUCCGGGGCCCUGGGGCUGCAAGACACUUUGAGCUGGAUGCCCAAACCUUCGCCAGUUGGGGCGUUGACUACGUGAAGAUGGACGGCUGCUUCGCAAGUGAAGAAGAUUUGGACCGAGGAUACCCCGCCUUUGGAAUGGCCAUGAACCGGACGGGUCGUCCCAUGGUGUACUCGUGCAGUUGGCCCUUCUACAAGCCAAAGCCAGACUACUCAUUGAUCGCCUUACACUGCAAUCUCUGGAGGUUUGCAGUCGACGUAGAGGACUCGUUUACAUCGGUGACAAACAUACUCUCGCAUUACGCUAGCAAACAGGAUGUUCUGACAGCGCAUGCUGGCCCUGGUCGCUGGAAUGAUCUGGAUAUGCUCGUCCUGGGAAACUUUCGCUUGAGCUACGACGCAAGCCGGUUGCAGCUAGCUAUUUGGUCGGUGCUUGCGGCACCUUUAAUUAUGACCAACGAUCUAGAAAGUGUGCGACCGGAAAUAAAGAAACUCCUCCAAAACCGGGAUAUAAUUGCGAUUGAUCAGGACCCGCUGGGUAAGCCUGGAAAAAUGGUUUUGGUUGAUCGAAAUAUACAGGUUUGGGUUCGAUCCGUAACUCCGGUAAGCGACUUUGGCACGAACUCCUUUGCAGUAGCCUUCGUCAAUCAAGGAGGCUUUGGCCCAUGUCCUCUGUGCCCUCAGACAUUCGAGGUACCAUUGUUCAGACUGGGACUGAACAGCCGUAUGGGGUAUUAUGUGAUUGACUUGUUCAACAUCACCGACGAUUUAGGGUUGUUUAAGCCAAAUGAUAUGUUUAUCACGCGAAUUAACCCUGAAGGCGUAACAUUCUUCAAGUUUACUGUGGUGUCUUUGUACUGAUUCCACUAGUUUAUAAAAUUAAAUUGUCCAUUUACACCAUAAACAAACGUUUUUUUAUACAGC